UUCUAAUUCAUAGGCCUGUGUCAGAUGUGCUCAUCAUCCGCCCAUCUCUCUAGCCCCGUGAUCUCCAAAACAACACUACGACGAAGUGGGUAAAAACAUGGCGAGUGGAGAGGAGGCCAGACGCCCGUCGGACACCUCCUCUUCGGUCGGACUGGAGUCGCUGUUCCCCCCCGGGGCGGCGGAGCACGACGCCUGCGAGGAGGGCAGUGCGGAACUGCUCGGCCUGCGGGAGAGCCUCCAGGGCUGGCUGUCGCCCUACGAGCCGCUGAUUUCAUGGCUGCAGAGGCUUCUUGUUUGGGAGAGGCCGCUGCACAGCAUCUUCGUCGCCCUGACUCUAAACACCUUAUUCUGGCUCCUGUCCUCCACUUCCCUGAGGCCCGUGUUUCUCUUGAGCGUGACUCUGCUGGGAUUCCUCCUGUUGGACCGAUGGAAGCACAAGCUGCCGCUCAUGAAAGUUCCGUCUACCGGAGUCAUCCCGGUACUCAGAGCUAGCAUGGGCGUGGAGCCGCGUCUGCUCAGCGUGCCGGAGCUCAGCCACCACCUGGCCGAGAGCUACCUGACCUGCCGCCUCUACCUGCAGGAGACCCUGCAGUACAAGCGGCAGCACCACCUCAAGUUCUGCGUGGUGAUGACCAGUGGCUCCCUGGUACUGGCCCUACUGGGGCACUACGUGCCGGGCAUCAUGAUCUCGUAUAUCAUAGUGCUGAGCGUGCUGGUGUGGCCUCUGGUGGUGUACCACGAGCUGAUCCAGAAGAUGUACACCGGACUGGAGCCCAUCCUCAUGAAGCUGGACUACAGCAUGAAGGGAGACCCAGACCGCCGCAAGCACGACAAGAAGAAGGUGAGGAAGGAGAUGGAGGAAGGGGGAGAGCCCAGGGCCGAGACAGAGAGCGAGAGCGAGGAGGAGCUGUCCUGCUUCGCCCCCACGGUGGACGUGAAGACCACGGCCCUGGCCAUGGCCAUCACAGACUCUGAGCUGUCCGACGAGGAGGCCUCCAUCUUGGAGAGCGGAGGGUUCUCAGUUUCCCGGGCGACCACGCCCCAACUCACGGACGUCUCCGAAGACCUGGACCAGCAGAGCCUCCACAGCGACCCGGACGAGGCCUACCUGAGAGACCUGCCCGAGUUCCCCUCCGUGGAGGAGCUCCCGUCCGCGGAGCCCGCCAGCCUGCUCCACUCCCGCCCGGGCCCGGGCCCAGGGCCGGGGCCGGGACCAGGGACUAUCCUAGCCUCGGCGGCCCAGCCGGGGGAACCCUCUGACGGGGUGGCCCUGAGCCCGGCCAGCCUCCUCUUCCAGCACCUGGCCACGCCCCUGCACUUUGUCAACACGCACUUCAACGGGAACGGGCAGCCGGUCGGAGGGGCAGGGGCCACACCAACCGACCAGGAGGUGGGAGCACCCGCCCCCGAGCCCCGAGAGGAAGUCGACGAGCACGACGAGGACGAAGAACAGGAACAGGAAACGGCGGUGGAGGGGGAGGGGGAGAUGGCGUCGGAGGUGGAGGGGGAGGGGGAGGGGGAGGGGGUCCAUGGCAGCCAGCGCUCCCUGGAGGCGCUCAGCGAGGAGAUCGUCAGCACGGCCAUCUCCACCGUGGUGCAGAACACUCUGACGGCGCUGCGGCGCUCCGACCGCGAGCAGGAGCCCGGCCCCACCCACUCCCCGCCCAGCGAGAUGCCGACGGGCGCCGUGGAUACCGUCGCCGACGACGACCUCAUCGCCGACCCCCCCGCCGACAAGGACCCCGUCGACGAUGCUACCGCGGCAACCACCACGACGGACGUGCCGGAGCGGGGUCUUGAGGCAGAAGGGGCGGGGCCUGGGGAUAAGGAGGCGGAGCAAGAGGAAGACGAGGAGGAGGAGGAUGAGGAAGACUUUGAGCUGCUCGACCAGAGCGAACUGGAGCAGAUGACGGAGGAGCGGGAAACGGGGGCGGACAAGCCGUUAGUGGGCGGGGUCUCUGGGGGCCCGGAGAAGCUCCCGUCUCCCCCGCACCAACCGGAGUCCUAGCUCCAAGAGGCUCCGCCCCCCCCCCCCAACAAACAACCCCCAACUGUUUCUUGAAUUUGAUUGGUUAGAUAAAGGAUUGUAAAACGGUAUCCACUGUAAUAAGGUUCCAACUUUUGGUCAAACUUUAAAACCAGAGUCGUCGAAAAUAUAUAUAUCGGAAGAUUUAAGGUGUUUUUUCUGUUAAUCUGGUUUUAUUCGAAUGGGCAAUGCGCACACCUGUUGUUCCCGAUGUAAAUGGUUCCUAAAAAAGACUUUGUCUCCGCUGACGGCGGUCGUUUGCGAGCGGUAUGCUAAUUCCACUCUCCGUUCCGUCCGACUUAAUGCUCCGUUGAUCUUCAGAUGCAUGUUACAGACAAUGUAGACGACGAGUAAAUUACAAAAAAUCAUCCCAAAAGCAAAAAGGGAGGGGAGUGCGUGUCCGAACUUUGGGGAUUCCGAAUUAACGACUACUAAUCGACUUUUUCCGAAAAACUCGCCACAAACAGUCUCGCUAGGACUGUCGCUCGGGCUCGACUCGAAGUAACGGGAGUAGGCGUCGGAAGUACAAUCUGAAUUUAACUAUUAGCCAUUUCUACCAUCCUAUACUUCAAUACGACUAUUGGCUAUCAAAAGCUGACUCCAUCCCCGUCAUAGGUUUAACGUUCAGAGUUACAACUGCUUUUUUUUAUACAUCAAAGUGUGCGUGUAUAUAAAUAUAUAUGACACGUCCAGGGAAACGUUUCCUGGCCCCCCCUCCCUCCAUGUUUUAGGUGUCGUACCGUGUCAUCUGUGUGGUGUUGGACUGGAAACCCCUGUCGCCAUAGUGUGUAUACUACCAACCUCAAGCUCUCCCCCGUCCUUGUUCGCCCUUUUCACCAACACGCCUGAGAGAGCAGGUCUGUUUAUUGUUGUUUUCUUUUGGCCUAUCGCCUUCCCCCAAAGAACAAUGAGCAACCGUGUUUUUUUUGUUUUUUUUGUCUUGGAACACACUGUAACCAGAUGUCUAUUUUAGAAAGAGGGCUUUUAUUGUGAAAGAGUUUUGAAAUGUUGGAUUAUCACUAUUAUAAUAGCUAUUAAUAUAUACGUUAUUUAAUUGGACAAGACUGCUGAUGAGAUUUCAUUUUAAGGUGAUGUGGGGAGAGACGAGAAUCAAGUUUUGUUAAAACUUGUUUUGGGUCUGCAACAAUGAUUGUAUGAUCGAUUUUGGAUCUUUUGCACUCUGGACGUUCAUGUAUAGAAACAUAUUCCCAAUGUGAGCUUUGAACCAUAAACUAUUCCUCCUCAUUACCCAGACCAUUCCAAGGCUUACCUAAAAGGAAUCGGGGGGGGGGGGGGGGGGGGGGGAAUGUUACCAGGACCUGGAGGGAAGAAAUGGAACCCAUUUCUACAUUUCGAGCUGCAUAUACGCACGCCCAUGCACAGACGUGACUUUGCUGUCGAUAUACAAGGCUAGCUCCUUAAUUUAACCAUCGGCCUUGAUUUCUGUUUCAAAGAAGAACGUUUUUAAAAAAAAAAAAAAGGUCAAGGUUACAAUAACAGACUUUAUUCGCAAUUUGCAACCCAUUUAGUUUUUAGCUAUAGUUUCACUUUAAAACUGACGUAACCAUUACCAGCUAUUUUUCUACAUGUAAAGCCAUCGUUGGGAUGUGUAUAUUUACAGAGACGAAAGGUUUGUGCCACUACUAAAGUCUGUGCACGGCAUGCAUCGCGCAUGUCUUUACCUUUUUAAAUACUAACUAAGACGACUGUGUAAAGAUUUAUCAGUUUUGAGUUUAGUUUGUUUUUUAGGGGCGGGCCGUGGGGUUUCUUUCUAUCGGAGCCGAGGUUGUGGUUUCCGAUAUUGGUUCUUGCGUUCGAUUUAAGAUAUCGCGUGCUAGGCGGCCGCCCGUUGGGCGUUAACGAAAUUCGGGAUUAAUGAGAAAGAAGGAUUGUUCGGAGUCGGACAAAGAGGCGGAAUUUUGCCUUGGUGUCUUGAGGGUUGGUUAAAAUGGAGUCCACGCCUGUGAAUAUCUAUCGGCGACGCCCGGCUUCUUGUCUAUAGUGCACUAUAUUUGUACUAAAACGUCUUUCCUUUUUCGUGGUUUACGUCUCCCCUUUGUGAAUAGCGUAGCAUAGCUAAGGGAUCUCGUCGCAUGUACAAACAGCACACCACUCAAGGUUUUCAGGCUAGCCAAUGAGGUCCACGCGAUUCGUGCGACGCAACAUGUCAUUUUCCGAUAUUUCGCUUUUGGUCUGGCAAAACCCUGGUUACAUAUUGACUCCUGAUUGAGUGUUUCCAUUGAAAACAAAUAGGGAAAUACAUGUUGCUAUCGCAUCCGCUUUUAGAAAGCGAUGCGCGUGCAUUACAAAAGCUCACAGCUGGGGGCAGUAGAGAAGUGCGAAAGUCAUGAAGGGAUAAUAUGACGCUAUAACAGUGGUUCCCAACCUUUUUUUGGCCCAUUUCUAGCUGUGAAGAUGUUCGAGACCCCAACUUUAACCUUAUGUGCUUCUGCUUCCACACAAACCCGUAUCGCCCAAUCAGCAUCGACUGCUGAUCUCCCGGUGGAUGUAAUCUCAUUGCUCUACUGCACACUAGAAAGUGAUUAGUUGUAGUAGUUUGCUAGUGGCUAUGAAUUAAUCCAUUUCGUAUACCAUUUCGUAUAUAUCUGCGACCGUUUAAAAAAAAGAAAAUAGUUUGCUAAAAUGGACUAUCAACUAUAUAUCUUGUCGGCAAUCUCCUGCGACCCCCAUGUUCAUAUCUUGGCUCCGACCCCAAGGUUGGGAACCACUGCUCUUUAAUAACAGACUAAUGUUUAGUAUACAGACUUGUGUAAAAAAAAAAAAAAAAAUGUGUUUGUUUGAUGCUUUAACCAAUCGCUUCUUCGAAAUGGCACUUAACUGACCUGUACAAUUGGGGGCAAAAAAACAAAUAAAGGAAUCUAUUUUCUAA